GCCGCGCUGUUCAACCCGCGCAGCUAACGAACCGUUAGGGGGCGAAAAAGCGAGGGAAAAGUCGACGAGGAAAAUCAGAUCGCCACCAAGCUAGCCGCCGUAAAUCGGGUUUUCCGGCAAGAAUCUGGCUACCUUUCCGAUUUCUUUGCUGAUGGUAUCUGAAGAAAUCGACUUUCUUAGCAUUGCCUGGUCCAUUUCAACACCCGCUGGAUUCUUUCCAAGCUUCUUUAGGGGUAAUCAACCUUCCAUUUCUCCACCAUGAAGGCCCUCAUUCUUGUUGGAGGAUUCGGAACCCGCCUGCGGCCAUUGACACUCAGUGUCCCAAAACCACUCGUUGAGUUUGCUAAUAAGCCCAUGAUCUUGCAUCAGAUCGAAGCUCUGAAGGCUAUUGGAGUAACUGAAGUCAUUUUAGCCAUCAACUACCAGCCACAGGUGAUGAUCAACUUCUUGAAGGAAUAUGAGGCUAAGCUUGGGAUCAAGAUCAGCUGCUCCCAAGAGCCAGAGCCUCUCGGCACAGCAGGCCCCUUGGCACUGGCCAAAGGCAAGCUCAAUGAUGGAUCUGGUGAGCCGUUCUUCGUCCUCAACAGUGAUGUUAUCUGUGAGUAUCCGCUUAGAGAAAUGAUCGAAUUCCACAAAUCCCACGGUGGAGAGGCUUCGAUAAUGGUAACCAAGGUUGAUGAGCCAUCGAAAUACGGAGUGGUGGUGAUGGAUGAGGAAUCUGGAAAGGUUGAGAGAUUCGUCGAGAAGCCGAAAACAUAUGUUGGUAACAAGAUCAAUGCUGGCAUCUACCUGAUGAACCCGUCCGUUAUCCAGCGGGUCCAGCUGAGGCCCACCUCGAUUGAGAAGGAAGUCUUCCCUCAGAUCGCGGCCGAGCAGAAUCUCUACGCCAUGGUCUCGAAGGGAUUCUGGAUGGACAUCGGGCAGCCGAGCGACUACAUAAAAGGCCUGAGGCUGUACCUGGACUCACUGAGGAAGCGGUCCUCACCCAUGCUGGCCACUGGGCCCCACAUUGUGGGGAACGUGCUAGUGCAUGAGACGGCAGUCAUUGGCGAGGGCUGCCUGAUCGGGCCCGACGUUGCAAUCGGGCCUUCGUGUGUGGUCGAGAUAGGGGUGAGGCUCUCGCGGUGCACUGUGAUGCGGGCUGUCCGGAUCAAGAAGCACGCAUGCAUCUCCAGCAGCAUCAUCGGGGCACAGUCAACUAUCGGGCAGUGGGCCCGCAUUGACAACAUGACCGUCCUCGGGGAGGAUGUGCAGGUCAGCGACGAGAUAUACAGCAACGGCGGCGUCGUACUCCCCCACAAGGAGAUCAAAUCCAGCAUCCUGAAGCCCGAAAUCGUGAUGUGAACCCACCACAGUAUGAGGUGCUAGAGUUAGAGUCAGUGUAGAAUUAUACAGGUUAGAUGAAUGAUACAUAAUAGUCUCCAUGAAAUGCUCACCAGCUGUACCUACGGUGCUUGCGUGCAGCAAUCAGGACCAUUGAUUUGGUAGGCCAUUGUUUACAUGGGCCAUCAGCAUUCCCUGAAAAUGGUGGCCCGCCCGAUCAAUAUUUGUGAUCUACAAUGCGAUCGCCAUAUGUACGGUGGGGGCAGCAUUUCAUACACGUUCAUGUGCAGGUACGGAGGUAUGUUUGUUAGUUAGGUAUGCAUGUAUUGAAGGAUGUGGUUAUUUAAGUGUCACGUGGGCGUCGGUGUAUGUGUAUAUAAAGUGACUAUGAUAGUGUUUUGGGCUGUUUGUAAUGCAUCUGGGAUGGCUUUUAUA